GACCUAAAAUCGCUAUGAGAGUAUUUCUUCAUCCUCCUCCGGCGACACCGGCGACGCUCUAGCAUAGGUAUCUACAAAUAUGGAAUUCUAGGGUCUACAUCCAGAACGGAGACGUUGUGAAAAGGGCUAGAGCGCGGGAUGCAGAAUGGAGAGUGGGUCCAGCUGAAAGAAUCGCAGCUGAAUGGUAGGGUGCGCGCGUGCGAGUAUUUAGGUUCGGGGAUACGGAUGGGGCUAGAACUCUAUAGAUUUUGGGGAGAGAGGGGGAGGGGGAGGGAAUUAUUGGAUUUUUUUGGGCGCAAUGGGUGAUUUGGUGGCGGCGUGGAGCUGGCUGAGUUGUAAAUGAGGUGGCUUUGUGAUUAAUGUAGUGUGUGGGAAUGGGAUACGAGGAAGGAGAAUGAGAAUGAAGAUAAAUAGGAGACUCCCAUUAUAUGCAAUGUUGACGGUGGUUCUGUAUCGAGAAGCUAUUUAAACAUGGCGUUUAUCAGUGAAAGUAUUAUUCCAGACAGCAAAAUCAAGCCUGCCCGAAAGCGCAUCAUAAUUUGCUGCGAUGGAACCUGGCAAUCCGCCGUUUCUGGCAAAGAGAAUUGUCCAUCUAACGUGACACGUCUCUGUCGCGCCAUCAACAGCGUCGCCCGAGAUCCACAAGAUGGAGAAAAUUGGCAACAGGUCGUUUGGUAUGAUUCUGGAGUCGGAACUACAUCUACGGGUCUAGGACCUGGGCUUGAGGGAGCUAUUGGUGAGGGAUUGGAAGGAAAUGUUAUUGAGGCGUACAAUUUCUGUGUACUGAACUGGAAUCCGGGAGAUAAGAUUAUGUGUUUUGGAUUCUCUCGGGGUGCGUAUACGGCGAGGACGAUUGCGGGGUUGAUUUCGGAUAUUGGGAUUUGUUCGAAGAGGCAGCUUCAACAAUUUCCCGAAUUGUGGAAGUUGUAUAAGCAGAAAACAUGCGGAGACGAUGGAGCCAGGAAAAGGUUUUAUGGCAGUUCUCUGUACUAUAGUUGGCGAGAAGGGAGAGUUGCUGAUCCGCAGCCGGAUCUGGAGGAUCGGCCUCAUGAGGGGUUAGUUUUUGAUAUAAAGGCUCAUGGUGAAUGGGCCCCCGAAGAAUCAAUGGAAGUAGAGGUGGUAGGAGUCUUUGAUACUGUCGGAGCUUUAGGGUUGCCAGAAGUAUUUGGGAUGGAAUUGCCCAAAUGGACGACGAUUGGUGACAAGCCUGAAUGGCACAAUGUUGAACUUUCAGCGAACAUCAAGCAUGCAUUUCAAGCGCUAGCCCUUGAUGAACACCGCGAAGCAUUCACACCUACACUUUACUACAUCAAAACGCCAAAGAAUUUUACAGACACUGAAAUAGAGGCACAACGGACUAUAUCUGACAAGGCAAAUGUAGAAUGGAAUGAUAUGAUUUCCAGUUCUGAACCUAACCUCGAAAAACUGCGCGAUCUGGCCAAAGAUCGAGACGACGCUACUGAAAUGGUCGUUAAGAUGGAAGAAAACAAUAAGAUGAAGAAAUCACUAGCUGAUGAGAAGGCUGAGAAGAUAUUGGAACAAGUUUGGUUUCCUGGCUACCACAUACACAUUGGUGGAGGAUCAAGUGAUACGCUAUUGAACAAGGACAAUAUGGAAGAAAUGUCCAACAUUACGUUAGCAUGGAUGCUAGACCAAAUUGAAAAUUAUGUGUCGAUUGAUAGGGAAACCAUAAAGGAAGACGGUUAUGAUCGCCAGGGGAAAUUCGCGCGACUGAACAACGAGCGACAAGCUUACCUAGAUAGAGAAGAGGAGCGUGAGAAAGAAGGCUGGGGUCCAUGGAUUUGGCGAAAAGGCAAAUGGGCAGCUUCCAAAGUUGCCCACCCUCUGACCGACGAAAAGAACAUUCACUCUGAGGCCCGACGACAUGCGUGGGGCGUUGGAGAUCUGAAUGAUAGUUUCACCACCAUGUACAAAGCCAACGGCUCGAAACCACGCACACCAGGUCGUUAUGCUCUUGAUAAGAAAGGCAACAAAUUGGGCGACACACGUGAAUCCAUUCACCCAACUACGGGAUUCAGAGUGGAACAGCUGGACAAGAAAGCAGAAGAGGCAAGAAAUCAGAAAGAUCAUAAACGUCACAAGGACUGGGAGAAAUUGAGAUACAGACCUAUUGGGCUAGAGGGUAACAAGUACAAACGCCAGAAGAAAGUGGAUGAGCAAGGAAAAGUGACAGCGUACGAGUACAUUUUCGAGUACAAAGAUGGCUCAGAAACGCUGCCAGAAUGGCGGUUGGGUGACGCGAAUUGCUAUGAGAGGCUAGCAAUUGAAGGGUCUGCUGCGUACGACUAUGUCGAUGAGCUUGAUCGAACCUUGGAAACCGACGUUAAGACUGUUCGUCUUGACUUUUGGGGCGAUAAAGCAUCGUCGUUUCAAGUCGUCUCUAAUUAAUCAAGGCAUAAAGUUGGCUAUAUUUCGGGUUGUAAGCGCUUGAAGUAAGUAGUACAUAAAUAAGUUAUAUUAGGGGUCUUUGACUGAGACAUGUAUAAUAAACAAGAUAGUCCUUGAAUAUCACAGUUUAAUCA